CACGCCUACAACAAUCGGUCUACUAUACACCAUAAUUUACGCACCAGUUCGGAAUCUCGUCGACCGAUUUCAGCCGAUUUCGAGGGUCUUUUGGACGACCUAAAUCGUGUGGGUCGUCGCCAGCCGCCCGUUCUCACCUCCUCCACCGGUCGACAGAAUGGAUCUAUCAGCAAAGGUCUGCAUCAGCGUCAGCAACAGUUGUCCCGAUGGUCGUCCGUCCAAGGCAACGACUACUGGCAAGACGCCGGCCUCGACGGCAGUGGUCGAUUCACCACGACUCUGACACGACAGCACAUCAAGCGCCAUCCCGUUAGUUUGAGAUGA